AAAGACACGACUCCAGCUCUACUUGAACUUGAAGUCACUCGAAGAUAGCAGAACAGAACUUAAAACUCCCAUUUCUCUGUCUUAGAAUAAACAUCCCUUAAACCCUAGAGCUCUCGUGAAGUCAAAAAAUGGUGAAAAAUGGAAGAACAAAGAAAAGAUAUCACAAACCCCCAAAACCCCAACAUCACUCAACCUCAUCAGCAGCUGAGAAGAACAAAACCAUCACUGUAAAGACACUUCCAGCAGAUCUUGUUCUUGAAAUACUCUACAGGACUCAAGUUAAGGCACUUGUAAGAUCUCAUCAUCAAGAAAUGUCGGGGCGUUUUGUUGUUUUAUGGAACCCGAGUACUCAUUAUUGGAAUCCGAUUGCUCUUAAGAAUUGGGAUAAUGUGUCAGUUGGUUUUGGUUUUGAUGCGCUGCAAAGUGAUUACAAAGUUAUAUGCAUUGUUCCUGAAACUCGCCUUGGAAAUAUAGGAUGGUCUCGGGUUGAGAUUUACUCUACAAACCAGGGUUCUUGGGAAAAUGUUGAUGGAAAAGACAUCAUUCCAUUCUUGCCUAUUUCUGGUUUGCAUCAUUGUCAUUUUAUCGUCAAAGGUGUUCCAUAUUGGAUAGGGACUGAUGUACAGGCAAGAGAUGCAUAUUUAAAUAUUUUGGGGAGAAUUGAUCCUGUUACGGGGCUGUAUAAGAAAGUAGUGUAUCCCAGCCAUCUCGAGAAUAAGGGUCGUGUGUGGGUGAAUCCUUUGAAAUGGAAAGAUUCAGUUGCUACUGUAGUUCUUUUCCCAGAUGGGGAUCCGAAUCAGAUGGUCGAUUUGUAUGUGCUGCUGGAUGAGGACACAUCUAAGUGGACAAAGAUGUAUAGUCUCGUGCCACCCAGUUUAAUAAGUGAUUUGGAAGGUACAUGGGUUCCUCAGUGCUUUAGCACAGGUGAGAUUGUAUUUGAGCUGUCGACACAGGACCCGAAUAUUGUUCAAAAUCUGGAUCAUUGUAUAUGUGACCCUGAAACUGGUCGUGUGUUCCGUAACAAUGAAAUUGAGGCAUUAAUUCCAUUUUGGCACGAGUCAUACAGUCAUGUAGAGAGCCUAGUAUGUGUCGAGGGAUUAAUGAUACAGAUUGGAAAGGAGCACAAAGACAAAAAGAGUAGCCCUAAGAUGAAGAACUGGUAUUUGCAAUCAAGAACUUUGAUUAUUGUUACGUGUUGUUCAUACCGUGCUUUCUGAUUGUUAUAAAUCUGUAUUGAUCAGCAUGCUAAAUGUUUUAAAUUUAGAGCAUAACUAAUCUUAGUAACUGAACUAAAAAAAAUUUGUGUGUAUAGUAGAAUGUUAA